UAUAAAAGACGGAACAAAACACUGUCUUCUUCCUUGGGAGUCCUCUUCCUCCUGUUAGGGUUUUCGAAGUUGCAGUAAUUUCAUCAUAAUACGAACUUUGAUUAAUGCGUUUUCAGUAACCAAGUCUCUAAGAAGAUCGCGAUUCCCCCAAAGCUUAUUUAUUCUAUCUGGCGGAAUCCGCGCUGCGACACGUGGCAAUGGCGUAUGUGGAUGAGGAUGGCUCUUCUGGCUCUGGUGAAGACGUGCAUAUGUUGGAUGGACACAAGCGUCAUCAGGUUGUUGUGCCGUCUGGUUCCGGUGGUCGGAAGCGGAGCCGCAAGGCUAACGGCGAUGCCAUUGUGGAUGCCAUGCUGGAGAUUGCUGCUGCUUCAAAGAUGAGGGCCAAUGCAAUUCUGAAGAAUGAGGACAGGUUCUCCAUAAGCAAGUGCAUUAAGGUGUUGGAUGAGUUGCAAGGUGUUGAUGAACAGCUCUACUUUCUUGCCUUGGAUUUGUUUGAGAACAACUCCAGUGCCCGUGAGAUUUUCAUCUCUCUCAAGGGUGAGAAGAGGUUGCCAUGGUUGCAGUGCAAGUUGAGUGCCCCCCAUAGUUGAAAUUGUUUAUGAAAGUGAUUGGAUUAUUUUGUACAGUCAAGCAGGUUGAAGAGGGGGAUGUAUAUAGUUUUGGAAUUUUUGAAUGUUAAUUCCUCAAUCCCAUAAUUUUAAGUUUAUUGUUGGGAUUGCUGUGUUAUGCAUAAUGGGAAAUUUGAAAUGCUUUCUGAAAGUAUGAAACAGAUACAUCAGAAUUGCAAACAAUUUUUGCCACAUUCGUUCUCUUUGUAGGUACACAUCAGUCAGAUGGAACUCAUUCUUGUACCAGCUGUUGCUGGCUACUAUCACUGUAGCUGGUAGCUUGCACAUUUAAGUUGCAGUUUAUGCACUUUUUUUUAUCUUGUUUAGCAAUGUUCUUCGUCAGACAUAUACUAAGGUUGUCCUUGAUGAUGACCAAGUUCGGAACUUUCCCUGAAUACUAUGCUUGUUUGGACU